AUGUUCUGCUACGACAGCAAAAUUGAAACAUUGAGGGAUAAGGUGAAAUAUCUUGAAAUUGAGGAAACUGAGGUGCGAGAAUUGGUUCGUCAAGCAAAGAAUAAUGUGCUAGAUAUUAAAUCUUAUGUUGAAGAAUGGCUGCAAAAUGUCGAUGAAAUAAAGAAAGCGGCAGAUAAAAUUUUUCAAGAUGCAAAAAAUUCUGAAAUGCAGUGCCUAUUCUUUAUAUGUCCAAAUUUGAAGACCCGUUUCUCGCUUGGCAAGGACGCCACAGAGAAGACUGCUGAGGUUGCUAAACUCCUAGACGAAGGUAAAUUAUUUCAAAAUGUGGCCGAACCUAGACAACCGGUGCAGAUACCUUAUCGAAACCCCGGUGACUUUGGAGCUUUCGAAACAAGGAUAUCAAUUAAAAAGGAUAUCAUGGAUGCUCUAAAGGAUAAAGAUAUCAGCAUAAUUGGGAUAUGCGGCAUGGGUGGAGUAGGUAAGACGACAAUGGCAAAAGAAAUAGCUAACGAAGCCAAAGUUGACAAAUUAUUUGAUGAGUUUCCAUGGGCAGAUGUAUCUCACGAGCCAGAUGUAACUAAAAUUCAGGAUCAAAUUGCUGAAAAGCUCGGUUUGAAAAUUAAAGAUUAUACUGAUAAAGAUGAGAGAGCUGAACUACUUCGUAAAAGACUUGGAGGUGAUAGAAGCAAGAGCAUUCUGCUAAUAUUGGAUGAUGUGUGGGAAGAUACUGUGUUGGAAACUAUAGGAGUUCCUUCAGCAGGGGAUGAUAAAGGGUUGAAAAUUCUAUUAACAUCACGCGAAAAAGAUGCGUGCAAAAGAAUGAAAGCUCAAAAGAUAUUCGAUGUCAAUAUUUUAAAUGAAAAGGAAUCGUGGGAACUUUUCAAAGAAAAGGCAGAAAUUUCUGAUGAUGUAACAAAUGUUAUAAAGGGUAUAGCAGAAGAAGUUACAAGGGAAUGUAGAGGCUUACCUCUCGCCCUUGUGACUGUCGGCAGAGCCCUCAGUAAAAAACCAGAACCUACAUGGAAGAAUGCACUUGAAGAACUACGGAAUUCUAGAGUGGCCAAUAUCAAAGGACUGCAAAAGUUGGUAUACUCAAGGAUAAAGUUAAGCUACGACUAUCUAGAGAGUGAAGAAGCCAAGUCCUUGCUUCUGCUCUGCUCUCUGUAUCCAGAAGAUCGUUGGAUUCAUAUUGAAGAUUUGGUUAGAUAUGCAUGGGGGCUAGAAUUGUUUAAAGAUACGACGACAUUGAUUACAACCAUAUAUAAGGUAAACUCAAUUGUUGAUAAUCUGAAAAGUUGCUAUUUACUGCUCUCAAAAAAGAAUGAGGAGUGGGUAAAAUUGCAUGAUGUUGUAAGGGAUGUAUGCUUACAAAUUGCAUCAAAAGACAAGCAUGCAUAUAUGUCGAAACACAUUGGUUUGAAGGAGUGGCCAAAACAUGGUAACGAUGAAUCGUACAGUGCAAUUAGUUUGACUUCAAAUGAGCUGAAUCAACUUCCCAGUGGGUUAGAAUAUCCAAACCUAAAGUUUCUAAAAGUGUAUUGCGAUGAACAGUCACUGAACAUGUCCAAAGAAGUUUUUGCCAAUAUGAAGGAACUCAGAGUUCUUGAUUUCAGUAAUAUGAGAAUUCAAAUUCCAUCAUCAAUCCAACUGUUGACCAAUCUUCGAACUUUGUGCUUGGACCAAUGUACGUUAAACACUGAAAAUUCUACUAUUGGGAAUUUAAAAAAGUUAGAAGUUCUCAGUUUUUGGGCCUCUGCUCUCGAUCACUUCCCUGAAGAUAUAGCAGAACUUAGCAACCUAAGGUCAUUGGAUUUGAGGUUCAAGCACAGCUCUAGCUAUUGUCCACUUCCACAUGGUAUCUUGUUGCAAUUGAAGAAAUUGGAAGAACUGUACUUGGGUGUCGUUGAAAUAAGAGAUGAAGAGCUGGAACAACGAGGGUACAUUAUUAAGGAGAUAAGUUCAUUGACUGGUCUUAAUACUUUCCAAAUUUCCACACAUGAUCCUCAAUUUUUGCUGCAAAUAUUACAAGUGUUGUGCAUUGAGAAGCUGGAAAGAUUUCAUAUCGAAUUAACUGACUUAGAAUAUGCUCAUGAGAACAUUUUGAAAUAUUAUUAUUUCGGAAGGAGAUUGCAUAUACGUGGCAUUACUUACGAAAGUAUGCUUUCACAACCUGCAAUUGACUCAUUGAUGAGGAAAACUGGCCAUCUUUCUAUAGAAAUGAACAUGAAUGGACUUGAGGAUCAUUCUCAACAAGUGAUGGAGAGGAAGAAUAUGUUAGAUGAAUAUGGCUUCGAGUAUCUGAAUGGAUAUCAUCUCAUAGGGGCGUUUGAUGGAUUACAUGAGAUAAAUCUAAAUGGCAUACCAAAAAUGAAACAUUUGUUCAAGGGUGUCAUUAAACCUCCAUCACUCUACAAUCUUACGUUUCUUACUAUUAAAGGAUACCCCUCAUUGAAAAGCCUAUUUUCUGAGUCAGUUGCAUUAGGCAUGGUGUAUCUCCAAAGUUUACAUAUUUCCGAUUGUAAGAUGUUAGAGGAAAUUGUUUCAAUGGAUAUGGAACAAAAUGAAAUUACCCAGAUGCUUCAGUUCCCAAAACUACAGGAAAUCACCCUCGAGCAUUUAAGAAAUUUUAAGAGCUUUAGAUGUGUAUCGACCGUUGGUAUGCUCAAUCCACUGUGCAAACAGGUUACAUUGCCUAACUUGGAGUUGUUGAACAUUAAUAGACUGGGUUGUACUGUGACAAUAUUGGAUGAGCUAAGGCAAAUCGGAUCUCAAAAACUUAGAAGAUUGAGGAUGGCAAAUUUGGAUGACGUGUCCAUUCUGUUUGAUUUUGAGUAUACAAAAGAUGAUGCAGAGAUUAGGAUGCUUGGUCAACUAACAUGGUUGGUUGUGAGAUCUCUACCCAAAUUAGAGCACAUUACAAGGAUGGUUCCUAAAGGAAUUUGCAGCUUUAAGAAUUUGACACGUCUUAGAGUUAAAGAAUGUGACAACUUAAGGUACUUAUUCUCACAUUCAAUGGCCAAUUCACUUGCGGCUCUGGAAUAUGUGUUGAUUUCGGAAUGUAAAGCAAUUGAAGAGAUUAUUGGAAGACAAGAAGAAGACAAAACUUCAAACAACGAAAUUGUGGAAGAAGGAACGACAAGCAGAAUUGUGUUUCCUAAAUUGAGAUGUCUAAGACUUCUUCAUCUUGAUAGAUUCAGAUUGCUUUCCUCUCAGAACCAUGAACUCGUGCUCCCUUCACUAGAUUAUUUGCGCAUUGAAAAUUGCCCUGCGACCACAAAAUUGUGUUCAAGACGACUACUGAGUGCACCAAAGCUUGAUAAAGUAUGGAUAAAUCGUGAACAAUCCAUUGAUAUUUCAAAUUUUCUUGGAUUUUGA